AUAAACCUAGCAUGACAAGCUUCAUAAAUAUAGGACUCUACUCCUUCCAUUAUUAUGCAUCAUUUUAGAGUCAAGGUUUUUCUUGAGUUCAAAUGGAAGAAGUAAUACUCCAUGGAACUUCUUAUAAUUUAUUUACGUAUAGGGUCAUUUGGGCUUUAAAGAUAAAGGGCAUCCCUUUUGAUUACAUAGAAGAGGAACAUUCUGAUAAAGGCUCUUUAAUUAUGAAAUAUAAUCCAGCUUUCAAGAGAUUUCCAAUUCUUUUUCAUGGUGAGAAGGCACUUUCUGAAUCCAUGGUGAUUCUUGAAUAUAUUGAAGAUACUUGGCCUCAAAAUCCACUUCUUCCCAUUGAUCCUUUUGAUAGAGCCAAGGCAAGAUUUUGGGUUAAAUUUGCUGGAGAUAAGGGGCAUUGUGUUGGAACAAUGUACUACACAACUGGAGAAAAACAAGAAAAGGCCAUCAAAGAAACCAUAGAAAUGCUCAAAAUCAUAGAAGAACAAGCAUUUGGAGAUCAAGAAAAGAAUUUUUUUGGUGGUGAGAAAAUUGGAAUUGUGGACAUGGCUUUUGGAAUAAUCCCUCAUUGGCUUGAAGUAAUUGAAGAUAUUGUUGGUGUGAAAUUAUUGGAACCUCACUCAUUUCCUCGUUUAUUAAAUUGGGUACAAAAUUUCAAAGAAGAACAAGUCAUCAAAGAGAAUCUCCCUAAUCGUGAUAAUAUGUUUGUGUUUUUAAAGAAUCAGAGGGAGAUUCUAUUGUCAUCUUCUUGAACUUUUACCGUUUUGUAUCUGCUGUUUUGAUGUCUUAUUUUAUUUUGAGCCAAGGGUCUAUUAAAGACAGUCUCUUUACCUCACAAAGGUAAAAUGUGAGUACAUCUCACCCUCCUCGUAUUUCACUUGUAAGAUUACACUGGAUAUGCUGUUACUGUUGUUGUUGUUGUUGUUA